UGUGAGACAUUUAGGAAGCAGUAGCGGUGGCGUACAAUUUAUAAAUUACGUACAUUCAACCUGGUAGACAUGAUGAUCUUCACUUUGAAUGUUUUUGUUAUAUACCUGAAUGUUAAUAUUCUCUGGGCAGCAGAUCUAUUACGGAAUCCUGACUUUGAGCGUCGGAAUAGAAUUAAUCCAUGGGUGUGCCAGAGUUGUCAAGCCUCAGUUGUAGAUACCAGCUAUCAUGGCGAUCGAAGCAUCGAGGUGACAAAUAGACAAAAAUUUGACUCAGGAUUGACCCAGUCCUUCAAUGUAGAGGGAGGAAAACAUAUAAAAUGCAGGGCCUUCAUCAAGGUUCUUAAUUUGCCACAUGGUAAAAUGUCGGUAAAGGUAACAAUGAUGAGUAUUUUUUCUACGGAUGGAGUAACCAAAUAUGAAGUUAUUGGUGUAAACAAAUAUUUUCAACCAAAAUACGGGUGGACAGAAAUUGGUGGAGAUUUACUUAUUCCUCAAGGAACAUCCCGUGUAAAAAUCUCAAUUCGAGUAGACGAUCCUUCAGUGAAUUAUCUCUUGGAUUAUUCAAGCUGCACAUACAUUAAUCAUGACGUUAACUGGAAAACUAAGGCAAGUCAAAGAAUUAAUAACAUUCGAAAGGGAUCGCUAACCAUAAGCCUUGCAUCCAGUGAGCCGUUAAUUACUAGUGAUCUAACUGUCCAGAUAAAACAGACAAAGAGUAAGUUUGCUUUUGGAACUGCUAUAAAAGCAGCCUUGAUCACAGAUACUAGUAGUACAUAUAAAACUUACCAGGACUUCGUGUAUAACAACUUUGAAUGGGCUGUUACAGAAAAUGCAUUGAAAUGGAAACUCAUGGAAAAAACAAUGGGUAACGCUGAUUAUGCCAAAGGUGUUGAUGCUGUCAACGUUUUGAAGGCUCAUGGUAUGAAAGUCAGGGGACAUAACAUGUUUUGGGGUGUUGAUGGUCACUCUCCAGCCUGGUUGGACGGUUUGUCAUCUACUGAGAUACUGCAACAAAUGCACACGAGAGUUAAUGGGAUGAUAGCUCAUACAUAUGGACUGUUAGAACAUUGGGAUGUGAACAACGAAAAUUUACACGGAGAUUAUUUUGAACAAACAACUGGACAUUCAGACAUCACCAGGGAGAUGUUCAACUGGAUGUAUUCAUUAGAACCGAGUGUUAAGCUGUUUCUGAAUGAGUUUAAUGUUGUGAAUUCUCAUCUUUCUACAACGGCUUACAAAAUUCAAGGAAGAAAAUUCAAAGACAGUGGUGUUCCAGUAUACGGGAUGGGCGUUCAAAGUCAUUUUAAAACCAGCCAAAUAGAUAUGAAUGUUCUUAAGUAUAGAUUAGACAAAAUUUCACAGAGUGGACUUCCGAUAUGGAUUACAGAAUUAAGUAUUUUAGAAUCUAAUGAUGGUGAUAAAGCAUCAGCGCUAGACGAUGUAAUGACGUUGUAUUUUAGCCAUCCUGCAGUCGAAGGAGUCCUCCUUUGGGGAUUUUGGGAUGGUGCUAUAAAUAAACAACUGAACGCUUUAGCAACAGGAGACAAUGUAACGCCAAAUGCAGCUGGCAUCAAAUGGAUGGAACUAUUUCAUCAAAGAUUCAGGACUAAUGAGUUACAUUCUUUUGAUGGUUUAACUUCAAUUGAUACAAGAGUAUUUCUGGGUGAACAUGAGUUGUUGAUAAAACACAACGGCAACGUCAUACAUACAGAAACUAUAUACAUAGAUCAAGGUGGAAAAACUGCUACUGUACAUUUACAAGGAUCAGGUAGCAGCUUUCAUGUAUCACAUGUUGACUUUGAAUGAUAAACAAGGAGUAUUGGUCUACAAAUCAACAAACUGAUAUUAUAAAUUAACA